AGUGGAGCACGCGACGGCGGAGAUCGUCGGGGAGGUCGGAAAGGCGGUCGGCGGCCAUUGUCUUCGUCAGCGGAUUAAGAAUUCACGAUCUUCGAUCUCGAUCUCGACGGAAAUAUGCAAGACUGAACCUUACGGGGCUAGGGAUUUUUAGGCUUGAAAUCGAUCCGCCAUGGUUCGCUCGGGGAUCGCCGGAACAGGACGCCGGGCCGACCGCCUGAGCAAGCUCGACGACGGCACGCUGGGCCACAUCCUCGCCUUCCUCGGCUCAUCCAAGGAGGCGGCGCGCGCCGCUGCGCUCUCGUCGCGGUGGCGCGACAUCUUCGCCAGCGUCCACACCGUCUCCUUCGAGCAGCCGGGGCUCGGCUACGGCGGCGAUGACGACGACUCGUGCGGCUGCCCCAAGCGGCCGUGGACGUUCCACCUCGCCGUCGCCUCCGCGCUCUUCGCCCGCAGCCGCCCCGCCGCCGCGCCGGCGCCGCCGCUGCGCGCGUUCCGCCUCGCCAUGGAACGGUUCAUGUGGAACGACGGCGCCACCGUGGACCAGUGGGUCUUCUACGCCCUGAGGCACGCCGGCGCCGAGCUCGAGCUCGACCUCAGCCUCCGCCGCGCCUGUGACUACUACAGGUUCCGCCGCUACGGUGCCUGCGGGUACCGCGCUCGCCAGGAGGAGGAGGCCGCUGCCAAUGCCCCUGCCGCCAUUAGCCAAGUCGAGGAGGAUCACGCCGUCUUCGAGAAGGAGCCUCCCGAGCCUGAGUCCGGCGCCGCCGCCGACGACGACGCGGCCUCCAGCACUGACGAAGCAGAGUCUCGAAAGUCUCGUCCUCUACGCUCUGACACCGGGUACGUCGUCCCGAGGGGGCUCUUCUCCUGCGCCGCGCUGCGGUCGCUCCGCCUCGCCUUCUGCAAGCUCUGCUGCACGCCGGCAGCAGCCGCCGCCAUCAGCCUGCCGUCGCUCUCGGCGCUCCAUCUCAGCAACGUCCUGGACGACGCCGGGGAGGGGAGCGUGCAGAGGCUCGUCUCCGCUUGCCCGCGCCUGGCGGACCUCACGCUCGAGCACUGCGACAUGGCAGGCGAGCUCUCCCUCCUCCGCAACACGCGCCUCCGCAGCCUCGCCGUCCGCUGCUGCCACCAGCUGUCCAGCAUCGCCAUUGACGCCCCGGAGCUCCGCCACGUGGAGUACCGCGGGGCCGCCGUCGUUCCCCCGGGCGGCAGCGCCUCGUUCCUCGCCUUCCGCUUCGGCCCCGGCGGCCCGCCGCCCUCUGUCAUUUCCUGCAAGGUCGCCACCUGCGGCGAGCACGAGGAGGAAGAAGAACCUGGCGACCUCGCGUUGCACAUCCUGCAGCCGUUCGCGUCCACGGCGGAGCGCCUCCACUUCUUGUCCACCCACAUGGCGGGCUCCGCCUUCGCGCGGCUCCCGGAGCUCCCGAGCCUCCGCAGCCUCCACCUCAACGGCCGCGUCCCACACGAUCACGUCUCCGGCCUCGCCGCCGCGACGAGCCGCGUCCUCCGCCGAGCCCCGGGCCUCGAGACGCUGACGCUCUUCUUCGAACACAAGCGUCACGACCGCUACGCGUUCGAGCAAGACGGAGACAGCAGCGACUUCCGCUUCGACGACGAGGCGGGCCACCUGGACGCGCAUCUUCUCCGGUACAGCGAGUACGACGUCCUGGACGCGCCGGCGGCUGCGGCGAGCGAGCCGGUCCCGGCGUGCUUGCGGAGCACGGUGAGCAGGAUCGCCCUGGUGCAUUACCAGGGGGGAAGGGCACAGAGGACGCUGGCCAGGUUCUUGCUCCGCAAUGCCAUGGUGCUUGAGGAGCUCUACUGCGGGUUCGCGGAGGGGCCGCUGUGGAUUCAGACUCAACUGAUGCGCGAGAUGGAAGGCUGGGUGGUGAACGAGAAAGCCUGCAAGGAGUUUCGUUGAUUAUGGCGUGCGUAUGCAAUUGCAAUCUAGCUAGCU